AUGAUAGUACCGAUCCAAGCCAUUCUUUUAAGAACUGGGUACCCGUCGACCUACCAACAGAAAGCCGUAAGAGUGCUAGCCAAAAGUAGUGUUAUGGAUCUUGGUGCUAAUCUAACGCAUACCUACCGUCAUGCGUUUGAGGCAUCUGUUGAGAUUGAAAUUGGGGCGUUUGCAAUUUCAGGCCUGUACAUGAAAUUGGCUGGAACGAAUUUAGUGGGUGUUGGGUCCUGUACUGGGAGAGCUUGCGGCUCAUCGGUUGGGAGUUUGUACUAUAAUGACGAAAUUGACUUGAAAAAUGCGAGAUAUAAGUUGUACUGUAUAAUUGAUAACAACGGCUCGUUGAGAAUAGAUUUUGUCGAGAUCACGGGGAACAAUGCGAAGCACGAUAUGCCGCCUUGGAAGGCCGAAUUUCCGAACCAUCCUGACUACGAAGUGCCGACAUUGGUGUACGUCGGGUCGGCGGUUGCUAUGCGGGACAAUGAGGGAAACGCUUUCGUUGGAGUGAUAGUUUUCGAGCAACUUGAGUGUUAA